AGCGGCCGAUGACGAGGCGCGUCAAAAGGUCCGAGCCAGCCUUGCGUUCCGUGUCUCAGAAACCGUGUUCCGAACAUCCCAUUUGCACUUCUCUCAAACGUCUAACUUCCAAACAUUGAAUUUUUAAUCUUGGCGAAAGACCUUGAGGAUGGCAGAAGAAGAGAGUGAGCCUUCAAGGCAUGUAGCCUAUUAUCGACAGGCAAAGGAUCUCGCACUGGGCCAGCACCCGCUGUCGAAAUAUGGACCUCCCUUGUUGCUCGUAUUUGAUGCGCUCCUCACCAGUUUGAUUAUUUCGAAAGUUGCUUACACGGAAAUCGAUUGGAAGGCGUACAUGGAGCAGGUCGAGCAGUAUAUGAAUGGAGAACACGACUACACCAAGAUCAAGGGCGGUACAGGCCCGCUGGUAUAUCCCGCUGCUCACGUGUAUAUCUACUGGAUUCUUUACUAUGUAACGGACAAAGGGAAAGAUAUUUUGCUUGCGCAGAGGAUAUUUGGGAUUUUGUAUUUGAGUACAAUUGGGACCGUGAUGGCGUGUUACAGAAGGGCUAAAGCUCCUCUGUAUAUUUUCCCAAUGCUAGUACUCUCGAAACGACUCCAUAGCAUUUUCGUUCUUCGAUUAUUUAACGACUGCUUCGCCGUAUUCUUCCUCUGGGUGGCAAUCUACUUCUUCCAAAGGCGAUUCUGGACAAUAGGGAGCAUGGCAUACAGUUGGGGGUUGGGUAUCAAGAUGUCACUUCUUCUGGCCCUGCCUGCCAUUGGGGCCAUCCUCUUCCUCGCAAGAGGUGUCGGAGGUAGCUUCAAACAAGCAUGGCUCAUGAUACAAUUGCAGAUUGUGAUCGCUUUCCCAUUCAUGGCGAACUUAAUGGGAUACCUAAGCAGAGCAUUUGAAUUCUCGAGGCAGUUUCUUUUCAAGUGGACAGUCAAUUGGCGAUUUGUCGGAGAGGACGUGUUCUUGAGCAGAGAGUUUUCGGUAUCUCUGCUUGUAGGACACAUCAGCACCCUCAUACUCUUCGCAACAACAAGGUGGCUGCGGCCUGCCGAAAAGCCAAUAUCUGAGCUGCUCAGAAAUGCGGUGAAGUUUGAGGAACCGGGUGGGAAGAUGCAGCAUGCCAUUUCUAUUCGAAUCUCGCCGAACUACAUCUUGACGACCAUCCUCACAGCCAACGCCAUUGGCAUUCUCUUCGCCCGUUCGCUCCACUACCAGUUCUAUGCCUACAUCGCACCCGCUACGCCAUUCCUUCUAUGGCGAAGCGGGUUGCACCCAGUCUUUCAAUACGCCUUCUGGGCUGUUCAAGAAUGGGCGUGGAAUGUGUAUCCGAGCACCGAUGCCAGCUCUAUGGUUGUAGUGGGUAUCCUUUUCCUCACGGUUGCGAGUGUGUGGUGGGGGACUCGGCACGAUUUUGUAAAUCCGAAAGGCGAGGGCGCGGCAAGUAAGAGGUGGACUUGAGCAGGUAGAUGGUAUAUUGGACAUCCCUUCUAUUCUUCUUCCGAAUCUGAUGGGGGCAUCUUGCCGGCGGUCGAUUCCUCGUCGGAAUCCUCGGGGUAUGAAGAUGCCUUGGCGAAUUCCUUGGGCCUGAAGCAUUGUUAGUAAAUGAUGCCAC